AUGGGUACCCACUACCCUCUUCCGUUCUUUGCAACAUCCGACCUCCUUCCUGCACCUCUGCCCACACCCGGAGCCAUCGCCGCCUCCCAAGAUAUUCUACAGGAGAAUUCUGGACGUCGCGUUGUCAGAGUAGGAAUAUAUUUCGUUGUCAAGUAUGGCGCAGCGGUGAACCUGACAGAAGGCGAGAACAUGCUGUUCAUCAAGCAGUUUUCAAAGACAUCAACGCCCACUGUUUACGCUAUUUAUUCCCUACAACCCAAGGGCGACAAGUCCCCGACGAACUACAUCUUAAUGGAGAACAUCCAAGCAAACCACGAAUCCAACUUGGCCACUUGCGCCAAAUUCCUUCACCUGACUACUUUGGGAGUUCUUGGGAAGCGCCCGUUCGAGGACUCUGUUUUUUGGGCUGGCGAUGAUGCAAGCUGUCAGGUGGCAUCUGGCCCAUUCGACUCGGAGAAACAGAUGCUUGACGCCAUGGACAAGAAAUAUUCGCGCCAGAAUCCAGUUUAUCGGAAGUCCGAAUACUACAGCCGCAUCCUUCCGCUGAUGCUUCGCGGUCAUGCUUCUAUUUUCACACAUGGAGAUUUCCAGCGGAAGAACAUUGUUGUGGCGGAAGAUGGGGAAGUGGUCAUCAUUGAUUGGGAAGCUGCAGGAUGGUAUCCAAGUUUCUGGGAAUAUUCUACGGCAAUGUUCUCAUGCCGGUGGGAUAACGACUGGCAUUCAUGGAUUCCCCAGAUACUAGAUGAACAUCCGAACGAGUAUGCCUGGAUGGACAUGGUUUUCCGGGAUUAA